CUGGGCCCGGGAGCUGCACUAAGGGGCAGAUGGGCGGCAGGGAGGGUGAACGCCAGGUUCCGGUGGAGGAGUCAGGUCAGCUGAAUGAGAGGCAGCUUUAUGAGUUCAUCAGCAAAAGCACAGCGGGGUCCUGCCCCGUGCCCGGCAUGGCACCAAGCCCAAUGGGCAGGAAGGGAAGAGAGAAAUAGGACCAGCCGUUAAAGAGGACACACACGUCUUAUUGGGAGGCACAUGCAAAAGACAAGCAAGAUCAGGGUGCACUUGGAGGCAGUGAAGGAGAAGGAGGUGAGCUCAGUGGAUGGAGCAGCCCCGGUUGGGGGAGCUAGAGACGCCUCUCAUUUGAUGAGCCUUGAAGGCUGGUAUCAGUCCUUCCACCAGAGAAGAGAAAGAGCCUCCCAAGGAGACGAGCUGCUUGUGCAAAGCCCAAGGCUUGAGAAAGGGCAGAGCAUCUGUGCAGAAGGCCUCUCGGUGUGCAGGGCACCGGGGGUGACUGGUUGGACAGGGGCACUGAAAACACAGAAGACAAGACAAGGACAGUCCUAGGAGCCCAGGUGGAAGAAGGGAGGCGCUUGGUUCUCCCUCCCCCUUGGAAAACCACCUCGGGCACCUUGGCACAUCUGGGACACAUCCGCCUGAGGUGUGCAGUAUGUGUGGGUGGCACUGUCUUCUCUCGGGGCCAGGGGCUGACUCCCUGGCAUGGGAAGAGCAGUUCACAGAAGGAGGACAGGAAAGAGCACAGCCAGGGAGCUCGGGGGCCGAGUUCCAGCCCUCGCUGAAGCCCAGGACCCAGCAAUCUCUCGCUGGUCUAAGACCUGGGUCUCUGGUGUGAAUGGAAAGUCUCCGAGGUCCUAUCCAGCUUUGACUUUGUAGGAUCCUACUCUUUAGAUCCAACAUGAGGAAGCAAGGGCUGUGGGCACUCCCAGACCUGUGGCUGCUGUUGAUUUUGUCGAUGAUGUCACCGGGUGAUUCAUCCGCAGAGGGGCCCUCUGUGACCGCUGCAUUAAUAAGCAGGGCUCCCUGUGGCCUGGAAUUCACAAAGAACCGAGAUUGGAAUGUCUAUGCCACGGACCCUGGGUUUGCAUUUGAGUUCAGGGGCCCCCACCUGCUCCCUGUCUUUAGCCCAAUGGGUUCUGCAGAAACAGGACAGAGCCCGUGCUCGCCCAACGCUGCAAGUUAACAUGGAAAGGGGGUGGCUAGGCAAGGAUGGAGGAAAGGCCUCCCUGCCUCGCUUUCACCACCAAAUUGCCAUUGGGUCCUCUGGGGUUACUCUGUGACGUAGAAGAAGACAAGAAAACGGAGGGGAAGGGGUUCAAACCGUCCAGCCCCCAGCAGGACAUCUCCGUCUACUCCGUGUGUGAGCCUGGCCACCUUGCCAGGAGGAGAAGCAUCCUCACCGUCAGGCACCCAGAUGCUUGGUUAGUGUGUGAGCGUGGGAAAAAACACCCGUCCUCCCCAUGGGCAAAGUGACGCGGGGGCGGCCAGGUCCCAGACAGGGUCCCCCGAGCUCCUUCCCUGUACCCAGGAUUCACUCUUCAGAGACUGGGCUGGCCUUCCUGCGCCUGAACCAACGAUGCAAAACAAGAUGGGCUCAGACCCCAUCCCCCUCCCAGGGAACAUUCCAGCGCCCCCCUCAAGUUCUGCAAUCUGUGUUUUGGGGGUUGAUGUUCCCGUGGGUGUCCCUGCUCCAGGUUCCACCCUUGGCCCAUUCUGGGCACCAUUUACUCCCAGCUGCCGGCCCAGAGGGGCUCAGGCCAUUUUCCAGAUUUUGAGAAAACGUCAUUCAUUCCCACAAGGAUUUUGCGUGUGUGGCAAACAUUCCCGAAGGACUAGCACAAAGGAGAAAGUUUAUAUUUUAGAUUCACAAAAACAAAAACCGGGAACUACUGACAGUCUUAUGCUUUACAAACUCCUGGUCCCCAGAGUUUGCUCCAAGCUGACUGCCGUCCCCUCAUCUCCACCCAACCUUCCCUCAAAACAACUCUUGAUGAUGUCUAUCGGCCUAAUUAAUAAUUCCAGCCAUUGUAGUCUUCAUUUAUAAAAUCACUCACAUAAUUUUUUAAUGACCCUGAUAGCAUCAUGAGCAUUUUGAUGUCAGAUUCAAUUGCCAGCGCUGGCACUGAGGAAAAUGGUGUGAAGCAGCACUAGCACCCAUCUGCUGUUUGAGUGCUCACGAAUACAGUCGGGGUUGAGCCUCUGCUUUGUGCUGUUUUGCUUUUGAGGAAAAAAAAAAUGCUCCUCUCUGCUGGCUCCUGCAUUUGAUUUUAAUUUAUGCCAGUUGACGUCUUUGAGCAACUCUUUUCAUAACUGACUCCUUCUUAAUUUUUUAAUUUUUUUUUUUAUCAGUUUAUGAUAGUGUAAAAAUUUUAGCAAGGUGUGAUUUAGUGAAAUUUCCACCAUAAAACCCAAUCUCAGUGCCAAUCACCGGUAAAAUUUAGAACAUGUCUUUUCAGAUGUUUUGCCUAUGUAUAUACUAUUGAAAAACCACAGAAACAGAAUCAUACACACAGUUAGGAAACUUUUUAUUAACCUAACAAUAUAUAUUUUGCUAUCAUUAGCUGAAGAUUUGUCUUUUUCUUUUUAACCAUGUUGUGGAUGGGCCAUAAUUUAUUUUCCCAAUCUCCUAUUGAUGGCUUUUGAGUUUGUUUCUAAUUCCAUUACUACAUAAUGUUUUAGUUUCUCAGCUGCUAAAACAAAUACCAGGCAAUGGGUUUAGGCUUAACAGCAGGAAUUUAUGGGAUGGUGGUUGAAGACACUAGAAGGCUUGCUUCCUCCGGGUCAGUAGCUUCUGGCUGGCGCAGUCUAUCACAUGGCAAUGCACAUGGUGGUAUCUUCUCCUUUCUCUUCCAUGUUCUGGUUACUUCCAGCUUCUGGCUGCCCCCUGUGGCUUCGCUUUCUCUGUGACCUUCUCUACAAGGCCUGUAGUAACAGGGUUAAGACAUAUCCUGAUUCACUGAGCCACACCUCAACUGAGUAACCUCAUCAAAAGGAACUACUUACAACAGGUUCACACCCACAGGAAUGGAUUAAGAUUAAGAACAUGUUUUACUGGGGUACAAAGCUCCAACCCACUACACAUUAGCACAGCAAUUAACAUCCUCAUACUUCACUGCUCGUUGGUGCGCAAAUUAUAGCUAAUCCCUAAAUUGAAAUGACUGGGGCCAAGAUCAUGGACACCAGCUUCUUUCCAAAAACAACCACAAAUUUUACCGGUACCUUCCCUGAGCCAGAUGCUGAGCAAGAUGCUGGAGCUGACAGUGGGGAAGAGAGAAAGAAAAUGAAUGCUAUCUUCUCUCUUCGGACUGAACACCUAGCAAGAAAGACAAAAAAAGCCAGUUAACAGCAAUAACAUACCUGUGCUAAGUUCAGGUUCCUUACAGGGGGCAGUGGGAGAAUGGAGAGGAAGCAGUUCUCAGUGGCAGGAGGCUUCUCGAAAAAAAAGAAGCUGAACCUUGAAGGUAAAGGUGAGCAGCAGAAGGGGUUUCCAGGCAGAAGGAAGUUCAUGAGGUCAGGAGAAGAGAGCAUCGGAGUGGCUUACAGCACGGACUGGGAGGCAGCAGGGGCAGGAAGUGGUGCUGGAAAGAGAACUUGGGGCCAGAGUAGAAAGAGACUUGAUGGCCAAACUGCUGUGGGUCAACCUGUGCCCUCGAGACGAUCAUUUCAAGUCCUACCCCUGGUUCCUGUGACGUGACCUCAGAUGGAAAUGAUCAAGUCAAGAUGGGGUCAUACUGGACUAAACCUUCUAAGGAGAGGGAGAUUUGGAGAUGCAGACAGACACACAGGGAAGAAGGCCACGAGAAGACAGAGGCAGAGAUGGGCUGUGCGGCCACGAGGCCGUCGGUCACCAGGAGCUGGGAGAGGCAGGGAAAUCACCUUCCCUAGAACCUUCCGAAGGAGCACGGCCUGCUGACCUCCAGCCUCCAGACUAUGAGCCACUACGCUUCUGGUGUUUUAAACCACCUGGUGUGUGGAAAUUUGUUACAGCCACCCUAGGAAACCAAGGCUGUUUCUCCAUCCAAGGUCCAAAGUCCGUGAGAGGCCCAGAGCAGGGGUCGGUGACCCUGCAGUGUCACUACGACGCAGAGUGGGAGAACUACAGGAAGUGGUGGUGUCGCGGGGCAAACUGGGGCUCCUGCAACAUCCUCAUCAGGACCAACCAGUCCUCAAAAGCAGGGAAGAGAGGCCGCGUGUCCAUCAGGGACUAUCCGGAGAAGCUCUCGUUCGCCGUGACCAUGGAGAACCUCAGGAGGGACGACGCUGACACGUACUGGUGUGGGAUUGAGAGAGUCGGAACUGACCUUGGGUAUCAAGUUAAAGUGACCGUGGACCCAGCUCCGAUGAACCCAAGAGACAGCCCGCCUCCAGGACGCCGGGCCAUGCCGACGAACAACAGCCGAGCCUGGGGGACCCCCUUCAUCAGGACCCACUACGUGCUCCUGAUAUUUGUGAAGUUUCCCAUCUUGCUCAUCUUGCUCGGGGCUAUCCUCUGGUUGAAGGAGUCUCAGAGGGUCAGGCCGUCUAUGCAAACUUGUCCUCAGCAGAAGCGACAGCCCCGAGUCUUCAGGUGGCAGGGGCUGAGGCCAGGAGCCCUGGAACUCCACCCUGGCCUGGGGGUGCCACCCAGACACCCUCCCUGCUCUGCACAGCUCUGGGGCACAGCCGAGGACCUUUCUGAGGUGUCACUGCCGCCUGGAAUACGAGCACCUCAUUCCCACGUCUUCCGGUAGUGGUACACCCACGCCAGCCACCAGAGGAGGGCGAGGGACUGACUCAUGCUCAGGGGCGCUGGGGUGGAGCCCCCACAAACCUGCCCCGCUGCUGGGACAGCUCGGUGGCAGAGCCUGGGGCAGAGACACAGAGAGGCAGCAGACAUGUGAGAAAGAGACAAAUGGAGAGACCUGGGGUUCUCUCAUUCCUGAGACAAGCUCAAUGCCUUCCUUUUUGAGGUUCUGAUAGAGAAGUUUAAAAAAUAAUCUCUUGAGGGAUUGAAAAUGCCUUCUUGACCAAAGGUGGGGGGGAAAGAAAGGUAACAAAAUAAGGUUACAGUGGCUAAGAGAUCUCAAACAGAGAUGAAAGGAUAUCCUGAAGGUUUCUUUUACGCAAGCUCCCGCUAGACAUCCCAAAUGGCCACGGUGUGCCCUGCCCUUACCAACAGCAGUCCCCAAAUACCUAGGUCCCUGACAGUCUAUAAAAGAUUCACUCACUAAGUUUAUCUCUAAGGAACUUAAGUCCCCCAGAGUGUUCCUACACCAGAUAAGUUCUAAAACCCAGAGACAACAGC